AUGGCGCCCUCAAUCCCUGCUGGGCUCACCCUCAAGUCGCAUCCGUCAAAAGGCAGAGCCCUCCACACAACCGCCGCCAUCAAAGCUGGCCAAAUCAUCGCCGUCUUUAACCCUACUCUUCUUCUACCUUCAUCUGGCAGUCUUUCUGAUAUAUGCACCUAUUGCUUCAAGCGUGGAAAGCCUCGAUCUUGCAAGCAAUGCCGCGUUGCAUACUACUGCGACGCCAAAUGCCAGACAGCCCAUUGGACGACUGUCCACAAAGCAGAAUGUGUCACUCUGUCUAAGAGCGUAUCAUCAGUUGCCCAGCGCAGGCAGAUGCCGACGCCCAUCAGAGCGCUACUUCAGGUUCUUUUAACACAAGGCGUCGAUGGCGGUGUCCUGGCAGACUUGGAGGGCCAUGUUGCUCAGAAGCGAGGCCAACCGGGAUGGGCAGAUUGGGAGCUCAUGGCGAUGGCAGCGUGUGCCUUUUCUGGUCUCGGCACCGAGGGAGAUACAGUCAAUAAAGCUACAGAGUUGCUUUGCAAGAUUAACACCAACGCCUUCCACCGAUUUGACGCUGAUAUUGGCGAUCAUGGCGUCUUCCUAGAACCUGCGCUUGCUAUGGUGAACCACUCAUGUGUACCCAACGCAUUCGUACAGUUUGUCGGCAGAACAGCCAUCUUGAGAGCUGAAGGCGACAUUGCCGCUGGAGACGAGAUUGAAAUCUCAUACACUGAUAACACGACUCCUCUUGAGAAACGACGAGAGAAUUUGACGCAAUACACUUUUGAAUGCGAGUGCCCUCGCUGCAAGGAUGACCUCAACGUAUAUCAAGCUUGUGCCACAUCGCCUAGCGCGGACCUCAACAAGACAUGGUUUGAUGACUGGGAUACCAAGCUGCGCAAACACCACGGCAUCACGAAUGAGGUUGCCGUCAAGACUUCUCAAAAUGCUCCUCUUGAGGCAUUGGAAACAAUAGAGCUGGCAUCACAGGUUGAAAACCUUGAAGUCAAGGAAAAGGCCAUCAAGGACCAAUACGAAGCCUGCCGCGAGCUUAUUGAUCAAAACCUCUGGGCUGUCUCACCACUUGCCAACAUCCUCACGGAGAUCUCCAUUCUAUAUUCCGAGAAGCAAAACUUUGCAUAUGCGCUCUUUGUUGCUUGCUUCUCGGCCUGCGAGAGUGAUCCGUUCCGCUUCCCAGCCGUCUUUCACCCCUCGCGAGCUAGGGCGCUCCUUGUCAUUGCCAAACUGCUUUCGAAUACGGCACCAUUGGCAGCAAAGCAGCAGAGCGCAGAACACUCUACAUCGCCAGAGCGCACUCUGUAUGAAUCUGCUAUCGAAAAGCUUGUGAAAAUCGAUCAGGUCUCGCUGUGCCAGAUGUUGCUUGUCAUUAUUCUUCGAGGCGCCUCAGACAAACGACUUAUGGAAUGGGAGGUGGCUAAUGGGGCAGCCGAGAUGCUCUACGAGAUUGAGAACCUACCUGGCAGAGAGCAAGAGAAUUCCCUUAUUCGACUAUGGCAAGAAUCUCCUGGCGACGAUGAAAGCAAGGCACUAUUCCACUAUGCUGUGGUGAAGCAGCUGGAUACGCUUGCGCAGCUCGGAAAGCAGGUGCUCGAAAGCGAUUUCGACCCCAAGAAUCAGAAAUAG